GGUUGAUUUGGCCGGCGCCGACGUCCAGCCCUUAGCCAGCCAAUGGGGUAGGUGCGGGGCGGGGUCGAGGUGGCCGCUGGAGCAAGCAGGGAAGCGCACGGUCCUUCCGCUUUCAACGCUUGCGCGAGGAUCAGAAAGAAAGCGAGUGGACUCUGAAGAUGCAGAGUUUUGCUUAAUUGUGCAUAUCCCUGUUAACGACGAACAGGGCAAAAGUUCCAGCAGAUGUGGCAGGGAGGGAACUCUACCUUUUCUGGAUGCAAUUUUGGUCACAGUUGCUAUGGAGAAACUCAAAGAGCAGUUUUCCAGUUUUCAAAUAGCAAAACGGUGCGCACUAACAGAGGAUCCAACUUACUUACUGGACAUAGAUAUUUCAAGAGGAGAGGGCAGCCAUUUACUGGCUGUUUCCUGUUCCAAUAAAUCAGUCAGAGUUUACAAUAGAGAGACAUUAAGUUUGCUACAGGAGUAUAGCAGCCAACCGGCAUUACUCAGUGGUGUGAGAUUUGCACAUGCUUGUGAAGGUGUGUUGUUUUCAGCCUGCAGUGAUGGAACAGUCAAGUGUUGGGAUAUGCGCUUAAGCACUCCAGAGCCAGUCCAGUUAUUUUGUGGCUAUCCUUCAAAUGUCUUCGUUAGCUUUGAUGUAAGCUGCAAUGAUCUCAUAGUCUGUGCUGGCACAGAGAAAGUGGAAGAUGAUGUGUUCAUGGCAUUCUGGGAUGCCAGAGGCUGCACAAACAGUGCCUCUUCCAGGAGAGAGCCCCUGGGUUUCUAUUCAGAGUCUCACAAUGAUGAUAUUACUAAAAUAUGUUUUCACCCCAACAAACCAAACUUAGUAGUUUCAGGGUCAACUGAUGGACUAGUGAACGUGUUUGAUAUUAACAAGGACAAUGAAGGUGAUGCUUUGCUAUCAACGCUUAAUUCUGACUCAUCAGUAAGCUUUAUUGGAUGGUCUGGAAAAGAGUAUUGGCAAGUCUACUGCAUGACCCAUGAUGAAGGAUUUUGCUGGUGGGAUCUUACCCAGUUGGAUACUGAGGACCAGAUCACAUUGUUGCAUAUUUCAGAUGCCAGAGAAGUAGUCAGCAUAGACGAUACCAAGCUGAACUACCUGAUUGGUGGUUUGUAUCACGAGACAUCAGGAAAAUUAUUUGUUGUUGGAGGCAUGUCAACAGGGAACAUCCACCUCAUGGACUGUUGUGCUACUGGCCUGAGACCUGUUGGAACUCUUCAAGGAGGACAUUCUGCUACAGUCCGCUCUUUUUACUGGAACAUGGAGGAUAAUUCUUUGUUGACUGGUGGCGAGGAUGCACAGUUGUUGCUGUGGAAACCUGGAGCUGUAGAAAAAGCCUUUGGAAAGAAAACUUCUUUGAAAACUGCUUCCUCUGUUCAUCAACGAGUAAGAGUUCACCAAAACACUUUCAAAAACCAGAAAAAAUGAUUAUUGAAAAGGAAAGGGGAGGAAACAUUAGGGUUGACCUUUAAAAAAAAAAAGUUGCAACACUUUUUAGAAUGCUGAAUUAUUUGCAAGUAUGUGAUGUGGACAUCCCAAACCUGAGCAUGUUUACUUGGAAAAGAUCCUAUUGAUGUCAGUGGGGUUUUAAUAUCCAAGGAAACAUGAGUAGGAUCACUGCCUCCGUAUGAGAAACCUUCCAAACAGAUCAAUAUAUAUCGUUUUCCUGUUGAGAGAACUUUUGACAGGCUUGUUUAAUUUUUUUCUCUAACUCUUAUUUUGCCCCCCACCCUGUUUUCUCAGCUGAAACAAUCUUAAGAUAUGCUUAACUAUCUUGGUGCAGCAGCUUCCUGUUCCAUCUUUAACUCUUGAUAUAUUUGUCAUAAUUGCUUUUAAUACGACAGACAUUUAUAGUUUUCCAUAAAUAGACAUAGGACAAUAGACACAUACAUUUUAUGUUCUUAAGUUCCAAACUGAAGAGAAAAAUAAGUGUUGCUCUAUUUUCCAUUUUCCUUAGAAAUUUUAGUUGUUUUCCAUGACUUUAAAAUCUCUGGAUGUUUUCAUCUCUUGGCCUCAGUCAGACAUUGGAUCCUCUUCAAACAGAAGGAACAGGAAGGUGCAGUAUCAGUUUCUGUGGCUGGCAGGAGCAAUGAAGUUCCAAGUUUGGCAUACAUUUCUAGGUGCUUCACUUUUUUGGACUCUGCCUAGUCAACAGAUCAGUAUUUUCUGCCUGUUGUGUAUUAGGCUCCAGCCCUUGAAGCUGAUCUCCAGUGAUUCUGGGCUGUCCCUUGGUCAAGACAGGGUUGUUCAGCUAUCUCGGUGGCUGGCUGUAUAUUGCACCCUCCAGUCUGAUCUCUCUUCAAUCCUGGCUGUUGGCCAGGAUUGAGUAUAGACAUCCUUUUCUAUCUGGGCUAACUUUAGUGAGGACCCAGCAUUCUCCAAAGACAGAUACUGCUAUAUUCCUAGGCAGCUGCUUUUAUCACUGCAUUUCUCUUAUAUUUAAAAUUUUUAAAAGAUGUUUACCUAAAUUUACCUCCCUUUCAGGAUAUUUCAGUGUGGGUGGAAUUAAUGACAUUUUUUUCCUCUUAUCCAUGUGGUGGCAUCAUCACAGAAUUGGGCUUGUAGAAGGUUGCUCAUCGCACAGUGAACUUUGCUAAUGCCAUAUGUAGAGCAAGCAAGAUUUCAUCACUUGUCAAGGACACAGUGGCAUUGGAGUCUGUGUCUGUUUGAAGAGGCCGGACCUCUUCAAACAAUUCCAUCUGCCUGACUUGACAAUUCCAGAUUUGGAGUCUAUAUUUUAGCUUUCCUUUGCAAUCACGGUAUGUUCUAAGUGGGGAAUACAGAACGUCACCACUAGAAAUGUCAAACGAAAUAUAAAAUUAUCUUAUACUGUGUUAAUUUCAAUACUCACAAAUUAACCUUUAAAGCAAGUGCCAAUGUGACAUUAUUCAAUCAGAGUGGAAAUAAGUUUGUUGGAUAAUGCUGUGCAGAAUUGCCCAUUAAAAUGUAAGUUUUAAAAAGUA